AUGGAUGAGAAUGGAUCUUUCUAUGUCGUUGACUAUGGAAAAGAUGAAGUGAGACGAUAUCGAAGAGGAGAAUCUCAAAGAAUAGUGGUUGCAGGUGGCAAUGGAUAUGGAAAUCGUCUCAAUCAACUCUCUUCGCCACGAUACGUAUUCAUCGAUCAAGAUCAUUCAGUAUAUGUGUCUGAUAGUGGAAAUGAUCGUGUGAUGAAAUGGAUGGAAGGUGCAAAACAAGGCAUUGUUGUGGCUGGUGGUCAAGGAAAAGGAAAUGGUCUUACACAAUUGUCAGAUCCUGAAGGAGUCGUUGUCGAUCAAUUGGGCACUGUCUAUGUGGCUGAUGCAGAGAAUAAUCGAAUCAUGCGUUGGUCCAAAGGAGCCACACAAGGAAGUGUCAUUGUUGGUGGAAACGGUCAAGGAGAACAAUCGAACCAACUCCAUUGGCCCUUCGGUUUGUCAUUCGAUCGAGACGGUAAUGUCUAUGUCGUCGAUUAUGGAAAUCAUCGAGUACAAAAAUUCGAACUUGAAUACAAUCCACAAUGA